CUCGGAUCCUCCCGGGGAGCCCCCUGCCAUCGUGGAGGGAUGCUGAGGAAGGACUUGUCCUUACGAGUCUCCAGUGCUCCAAACCUGGCUUUACAUAUGUAAUUAAGGAGUUGGGACUCUCAGCAGGUGAACUUGUUGGAAAGAAAGCUGGGGCGGCGGACACAGCUGAGGAGCCUGAUGUGCACCGCAGGGGCGAGAGCCAGGCUGUCAGCAGCCUCGGAAAUGCAGGUCUGCGCCUGGGGCCUGUGGACACCGAUGUGCAUGUGGGCUUGAACCCAGCUGCCCUGUGGCCACGGGCUCGCGGCCCCGGGAACAUGACCACAGCUCAGAACGGCCUUGGGCAACUCGCCGCAAUCCCAGGUUCUGUCUCUGAUCCCAGAGACCCCAGGACGGUGACCUACCCAGCCUGUCCGAAUGGAGGAUGCAGCAGCAGCCACUGCGGGGAGGCGGAAGCCCAGGAGGCCAGGCUCAGCCCCGCCAAGCUCAUGCGCCUCUUCUCCGUGAGCAGGAAGAGGAGCGGCACCAACCCCGAGAGGCCCCGCUCCAUGGUCCUGAUGGGAAACUCCUCCACCUGGAACGCUCUUGCCUCCUUUCGGAAAAUGGGAUCUUUCAAAAAACUGAAGUCCUCCGUCCUUCAAGGAAUUCAGAACCGCGAGGGGUCAGAGGCGGCGAGGGAAGAUGCCCCCGAACGGGCCCCAGGGAGGCCCAUCCCCAAUGGGGCCGCGGUGGCAAUGCAAGCCGGCAGGUGCGCCCCCGUGGGCCCGGGGGCCGCGUCCGACUGUUCCGACCCCGAGGAGGCCGACGACGCCUUCCAGAGGAGCACGCACCGGUCCCGCAGCAUCCGCCGCGCCUACGGCCUGGGCCGCCUCAGCCUCCUGGACUGCGACAGGCGCCCGGGGCCGCAGGCGGAGCCCGCCGCGCGCGAGGUCCUGGUGAAGGGCUCCGCGGACAACAGCGGCGUCUACGGGAAGAGCAAGAGCACGGACAGCCUGGACUUUCUGCAGAAGGGCUCCUUCAAAAGGAAGUCCGCGUCCCACCUCGCGGACCUCGGGGCGGCGCCGGGGAAGCCCGGGCCGCGGCGGACGCUGAGCAGCUCCUCCGCGGACACGGGGAAGUUGGGCGGGCCCGAGGGCAGGACCAAGCGCUGGAGGAGCCCGCUGCGGGCCCGGGACUGGGACCGAGUCCUGAGGCUGGUGAGCAGCGCGGCGGACGCGGCCCGGAGCCGAGAGAGCCCCCGCGCGGGCGCCGGGCGGGCCGCGGGGCCGGGGGACGCGAGCCGGCGGCUGCAGGUGCACAGCCGGCUCCACGACGCCUACUCGCGCCGCGCGUCCACCGGCGCCGAGCGCGACUGGAGAAGGUGCGCAGGUGCGCGCGCCGCCCCCGGCUGCGGCCCGGCCGCAGGGGGCGCCCCCGGCGCGCGGGGGGAUGCGGGCCCCGCGGGGUCUCCCCCGGAGGCCGCGGGCUCCGGGCCGGCAGAGGGCGGCUCGCCUAGUCCGCUUCCCCGGGACGCGGAGCACCGCGCGGCGGGCAGCCGCUUUGCCCUGGAUCCCGAGCAGCCGCUCACGCCCCUGCGGCCGACCGCGCCCAAGCCCCCCGGCCCUCAGAGCCCGGGCGCCGGAGACGCCGCGCGGCCCAGCAGCCUCAGCGCGCCGUCCCUGAGUUCGGGGGACGGCGGAGAAAGGGCGGAGGGGCCUGCGCCGUCCCCGGAUUCCCGGCACGCCUCGUGCGUCGGAGGCGGGGAGCACAGCGCCGGCAGCCGCGCUCAGCAGCGCCCCCACCCGGCGUUGGGUCCAGAAGAAAGGAGGGAGGAGGUCAUGACAGAGGAAUCCUGGAGGCGGGGCUCAUCCCGAGAUGAAGAAAGGACAGAGUCUCAGAGGAUCACCAGGAGGAAAUGGGGUUCUGGGAGAAGAUCAAGGCCCCGACCACUCUCUGACUAUGGCCAGCUGGCCCACCGAAGUCUGUCUAUUCCUGAAGAUUCAAUUGCUGUAGACCCCCAGAAAGAGGACACCUCGGAGGGGGACCACCAGCCAAACACGGCCCCCACAGUCCCUGCAGACCAGAACCCUGCCGUGGGCUGCCCCAGAGGAAGCCGGAGAAGACGCCCCAUCUCUGUGAUAGGCGGGGUCAGCUUCUAUGGGAACGGCCAGACAGAGGAAAUAGAGAGUCUUCUAGCCCAACCGGCAGCCAGGCCUCCCGUGCCAGCUCACCAGGUGCUGCCCUACAAGGCGGUUUCGGCCCGCUUGCGGCCCUUCACCUUUUCCCAGAGCACCCCCAUUGGGCUGGACCGCGUGGGACGCCGGCGGCAGAUGCGAGCAUCCAAUGUUUCUUCAGAUGGAGGUACUGAGUCUGCUGCCUUAGUGGAUGACAACGGCAGUGAGGAGGACUACAGCUAUGAAGAUCUCUGUCAGGCCAAUCCCAGAUACCUACAGCCAGGAGGGGAACAGUUGGCCAUCAACGAGCUGAUCGGCGAUGGCAGUGUGGUCUGCGCAGAAGCCCUGUGGGACCACGUGACCAUGGACGACCAGGAGCUGGGCUUCAAGGCAGGAGAUGUCAUCCAGGUUCUGGAAGCCUCCAACAAGGACUGGUGGUGGGGCCGCAAUGAGGACAAGGAAGCCUGGUUCCCCGCAAGUUUUGUCAGAUUGCGUGUCAAUCAGGAAGAGCUGUCAGAAAAUUCCAGCAGCACCCAGGGCGAGGAACAGGAGGAGGAUGCUGGCAAGAGCCGCCACAAGCACGCAGAGAGCAAGCACCAGAUGAGGACCAAUGUCAUCCAGGAGAUCAUGAACACUGAGCGAGUGUACAUCAAGCACCUCAAGGACAUCUGCGAGGGCUAUAUUCGACAGUGUCGCAAGCACACGGGAAUGUUCACUGUUGCACAACUAGCCACCAUUUUCGGAAACAUUGAAGAUAUUUACAAAUUCCAAAGAAAGUUCCUGAAAGAUCUUGAGAAACAGUACAAUAAAGAGGAACCUCAUUUAAGUGAAAUAGGAUCCUGCUUUCUUCAACAUCAAGAGGGCUUUGCCAUCUACUCCGAGUACUGUAACAACCACCCUGGCGCCUGCGCGGAGCUGUCCAACCUGAUGAAGCAGGGCAGGUACAGACACUUCUUUGAAGCCUGCCGCCUGCUCCAGCAGAUGAUCGACAUCGCCAUUGACGGCUUCCUCCUUACGCCGGUGCAGAAGAUCUGCAAAUACCCUCUGCAGCUGGCCGAGCUGCUCAAGUACACCACGCAGGAGCACAGUGAUUACAACAACAUAAAGGCAGCAUAUGAAGCCAUGAAGAACGUAGCCUGUUUGAUCAACGAGCGCAAGCGCAGACUGGAAAGCAUAGACAAGAUAGCACGGUGGCAGGUGUCCAUCGUAGGCUGGGAGGGGCUGGAUAUCUUAGACCGAAGUUCCGAACUGAUCCAUUCUGGGGAACUGACCAAAAUCAGCAAGCACGGCAAGAGCCAGCAGCGGACGUUCUUCCUGUUUGACCACCAGCUGGUGUCCUGCAAGAAGGACCUGCUGCGCCGGGACGUGCUCUACUACAGGGGCCGCACGGACAUGGACGAGGUGGAGCUCGUGGACCUGGAGGACGGCCGGGACAAGGACUGGAACCUCCACGUCAAAAACGCUUUCAAGCUUGUCAGCAGAACCACCGAUGAGGUGCACCUGUUCUGUGCCAAAAAGCAUGAGGACAAGGCGCGGUGGCUGCAGGCAUGUGAGGAUGAACGGAGGCGCGUGCAGGAGGACCGCGAGAUGGGAAUGGAAAUUUCAGAAAAUCAAAAGAAACUCGCCAUGUUAAAUGCUCAAAAGGCAGGACACGGAAAGUCAAAAGGCUACAGCGGAUGCCCUGUGGCCCCGCCCCACCAGAGCUUGCACCCCCUUCACCAGCGCCACGUCACCGUGCCCACCAGCAUCCCCCAGCAGCAGGUGUUUGCCCUGGCGGAACCCAAGAGGAAGCCUUCGCUCUUCUGGCACACGUUCAACAAACUCACCCCUUUUAAGAAAUGAAAAUGGAAGGCCACACUUUUCCUGAGGUGUCUGUAAAGAGGAGACCCAGUUUUGUUUCUCGUGUGCUGAAAUCUUCUUGCAGGGACUGGUGAAGAAUAGAAGGUCUGGACGCACCUCAGUCUUCAGAGGCCUAGCUCCUCCUCGGAAGGGAGACGCAGGUCAUGACGCUCGGCCCCGAUGUACACGAGACCCCUCUGGGGUCUGUGCCCAGACGGCUGGGCUGUGGGAACCGAGGACCUGCUCUGUGGAGAAGCUGAGCGGAGACCCCAGCGGGCAUCGCUGAUGACAGGCACACCCACUGCUGCCGUGCUGAGGAGGGAUGAGAUGACCAUGCCACUUUUGCCUAUGGAUUUGAAGGGGACAGUAGUGAUGAUGGGGUUGGUAUGAUAAAGUCUUGGCGGCACGGGCAGGCUGUUCCUUCUUCCACGGUGUGAGAGGACCUACCACCGCAGUGCAGAUGGCUGUGGGGUCCCCUGGUGUCAUCUGAGUGGUUGCCACGCGGUAGCACAGGCUUCCUCUGGCCGGGCGGGGCCCGUACAGGCUAGAGGAAGAGGCAUGACGAGCUCCGCAUGGGGAGCAUGGUCCAGGCAGCUUCAGCGGUCUUGAAGAUGCAACUGCUUUCUGGGGAGCAAGUGCAGAGUCCUACCGCCCGGUGGAUUUGUGCUUCUACAGUCAGGUCCCAUCUGCCGGUGAGUGCAGCACAUGACUCCGUGGGCAGAAAUCACACCUCCUUGCACAUCGUGGGCUUAUGAAACUAGCCAGACAUCUCCGUUUGCGAUACAAAAACCCAUUGACUUUAAUUUUAUGAUAAAACUAAUAUGUACAUGCACCAAUGGCAAGGCAUUCUUAGAGCAUCAGUUCGCUUUUCCCAUCAGGUGUUCAUGGCAUCCCCGUCCACUAAGUUAGAGUGACCCGAACAUUCCAUGGAGAAAGCAUGAGGUUCGGAGCAGCCCACCUUCUUGGGAUUCAAAGCCAACUUGGUUGCAUAAAACCCAAACAAUAGUGCUAACCACGCCCUUAUUAACCCGUCAGGAGGGUUCUGAAGAUCCUUUCUUUUUACAGAGACCUUAGAAACACACCUGAGACAUAGCUGUCUUUACUAACGAAGGCCGUGUGGGCCGAUACCUGGCCAUAGUACUCUCCUUGUCUUUGUCUAUAUUGUAAAUUUUGAUGAAAAUAACUUUUAAAUACGUCUGAAGAAGACAGAUUCUGCAAUAGAGAUGCCAUUUAAUUGUACUUAAUGCACUGGACCGGGUAUUGUAGUACACACUUGGCAGUUUCCUGGUCAAGAAUCCCCUUUCUGUAUGCUACGCUCAGAAAGUCCUGUUUUCCAAUAGGCCCAGCUGGAGAAUAAACAAACCUGUAGUGUCCUAGACAGAGGUGUAACCUGUGCCUCUAAGUGUCUGGUCCCUCCUUCCCCCAGCCACCUUCCCUCUCUAUCCAGGGCCAGUCCUGAAGGAGGUGACAUCACUGGACAUCUGAGUGGGGCCUUAGAGCAUUAUCUGGAAAUGUUACCUGGUCUGACCCUGCUCUGCCACCUUGAUGUGCUCACUUGUAUGUCGGACUGCUGCGAGGUCGUGCUGCCCUGGGGUCCCCAACCCUGGGGUGGCCUCUGUGGACGUCAGUACCCGGUGUCCCAGGAUAGAGCUUGCUUCUGUGAGGAAGCUUCUCAGGAGGCGCUGUGGCUCUGCAUGUACAACUGCACGUGUGUGUGUGUGUGUGUGUGUGUGUGUACGGGUGUGUUGUUUCUUCUUUGGAUAUUCAUCUCGAUUUUAGUUACAUUUAUAUAGCUGACCUUUUUACUAAGAAAAUGUAAUGAUAUAUUUUCAAAACGACACUUAAAAUGCUUUUUGUCGACCCCUCAGCAAUAACUAUAGGAGUCUCUGUGCUAAACAGAGUUGUUUGUAUAUACAACAUUUUUGAAUAGUUGGGUCUUUUUAUUUUUUAACAAAGAUUACUUUAGGGAAGGAAAGAGAACCAUUUGCUUAUGUUACAUUUUCAGUGAUGAUUCAAUUCAAGUAAAGAACCACUUCAUGGGCUUCCAUUUACUAAUGUUUCCUAAUGUGCAAUGAAGACGCGCUGUCAGUUCUGUGACCAGUCCCACUCUAUUUCCCAUCCAAGCCCAACCUGGUUACCACCUGUCCCUCCAGGCUCUCUAACAGGAGCAGGAAGCUCGGACACCAGAGCACAUACCAGGCCCAGGGCCACCCCCGCGAGCUCAAUACAGUGCGAAGAGUUGGUCGAUCAAAUACCCACCCCGACCGCUCACGGUGGUCCUGCUUGACUUUUUCAAAGGUGAUUUUGAAAAAUUAGAAAUCUUUAUAAGAAGGUAGAAUGCUUUUGACUUUUAAAUCUGUUCAUCUAGCUUGAGUUUUAUUACCAGACAUAUUGAGUUCUAUAAAGAAUAGGUGGCUCAACUAUUAAAAUUUUUAGGUUUACCCAACUUACUUUCUUGAUUUAAGUCAUGUAGCUUCACUUGGAAAGAGAAAGAAAUAGACCAAGAGCCCCCAGAUGGAAUAAGAUCCAUGGAUUUCAUUGCGAAUCUUGCUUUCUCCUUCCUUGUCUCCUUUUAACCCUACAUUGCAUAAUACGGGUGCCCCCCAACACAUUCUCUCUCUCUCUCUCUCUCUCUCUCUCUCUCUCUCUGCCUCUCUCUCAAAGAUAGCACAACACUUUGACAAAUUUCACUUAUUAUUUAUGUUUCAGAAUUUGCCAGCUCUGGGUCAGAAGAACCCUCUCAAUUUUCAUCUUACCUAAAAUGCACAACCACCUUGCAGUAAAUUGUAAACAAUCAUGAAAUGGACUAUUUGCAGAAUCUUAGAGAAAGAGUGUUCUUCGUCUUUGGCCUGCAAGUAAGAAAAAGACCGGCAGCAACGUGCCAGAGUUUUCCUGGGUCCCUCCAUAGUUUUCAGUUGAUCAGUUCUUUUUCCCUACUGGAUCUGAUUUUGUCAUUGAAAACAUUUCACCCCCAUCAUCACACUGUUCCUAAAUAUCGUUGUGUCUUUUUAUACCUAAUCCAGACGAAGACUAACUCCAUGCUUGUUCAGAAAAUCCCCUCAAUUCUGCAUUGCUCUUGUCUAGACAGAAAGCAAAAGUGCAUUUAAUUUGAACUUUGUUUCACAAUAGGAUUCUUCUGUAAUAGCCAUGAUCCAGCAUUUAUCAGUUGGAAAACUAUGCAUGCCCAAAUUGCUGAUAUUUCUCAAUACAAAUCAACUUAUUAGUUACAUAGCCACACCAGAACAGCCUGCUUGCCUGGAGUUAAGGAGAAAAUUGCUCUAUUGUUAUUUUAUGGAAGAGAGGAGAAGUAGAUGUGUGUCUCUCCCAGGACAGCACUAACAAAUGUGGAUACAUGUCCUUUUGAUGGCCAACAUGCCAGGGAUGCUGGGCACCAAUCAGCUAGGUCACGCCGCUCAGAAACAUUUGUCCCUUUAAGCUUAACCUACCUAUUUUCUCCUUGUUAGAAAUCCACUUGGCUGAUACUGUUAUCCUCAGGAUGCAUGCAGUGAAAGUAGAGUUCAAACAGUUUUGAAAAGAGUAAGUAGCAACUAUCUGAUCUUAAAAGGAAAAACCCAGAGGCUUACAUAUUUGAUGCAAAUAUUCUUAGCUACCACACAUUUAAGGUUGUCAUCCUUAGUCAUCUCCUAGGCAUCGACAUUUGUAUUAAGAAAAAACUUUCCCUUAACUAAUUCUGUAAUUUAAUAAUUUGCCUCUUUUUUUUUUUUUUUUUGUAAAUAUUAACACCAGUUGUGUUUGGCUUACCUAUUUUGCAAGAUUUUCCUUGGAUUUAACUCAACAUCAAGACAAUGUUGUUAAGUCACGUGACAGCCUCCAAACUGAAUUCGCUGUUGACAGCUGAAGUGUGUUGUAUGAGACUGCUAAAACUUGAUAUGUAUUUCUGUUGAAUGAAAUUUUUGUAAAAAAAAAAUAUUAUUUACAAUGUUAUUUGAAUAAUUCCUUGUAAAUGCUGUGAAUCUAUAUUUGUUGUUUUGUAUCUGUAUAUUAAAGUUAAU